AUGUCGGUCAAUGUACGCCCGAAGUCCGUGUCCGAUAAAGUCCGUGCGACUCGCCUCGACCUUGUUGAUCGCUUCGAGAAACAAUCAGCAAAUACCAAGCAAUGGUAUGACUUUGAAGACCCUCAAGAGUACCGAAAAGCACGGGCAGAAGGCACUCAUGGGUUUGUACGUCCACCACUGAAUGAUCGAGCUCGUUUGGUCUAUGCUACCGGGCGCAAGAGUCAAAAGAUUGAACUUCGGGUGAUUGAACCACCUGGACCGUCCAAUGGUGUCUUCCUCCAUUUUCAUGCAGGUGGAUACGUCAUAGGAAGCAACGCGUCCUACGAUGGAUACUUGACUCGACUCUCUGAAGCAUCCGGCCUGACCGUGGCGUCUGUGGAGUACCGACUCGCACCGGAGCACCCAUUCCCAGCAGGCCGUGACGAUUGCGUCGAUGCAGCUCUCUUUGCACUUUCUGCCCAAGGCACCAGUGAUCUUGGAGCUCCUUUACGAGUACUUGGUGGAGAGUCGGCUGGUGCUUGGUUUGCCGUGGCAGUUGCCUUGGAAUUGCGGGACAAGCACGGCAUCGAUAUCAAGUCACAGAUCGCCGCCAUCUGUGCAGGUUAUGGGAUAUACGACCUGACCUACACGCCUUCCUUGCUGUCGCACAAAAGGAACAUAGUCAUCAGUCGUGAGCUCAUGAUGAAGUUUGCUGAGGCGGCUUUCGGGCAUAUUCCACCAAUUGAUAGAAAACGGCCUCAUAUAUCCCCAUUGUAUGCCGAUUUGAGCAACCUGCCCCCGGCGCAUUUUCUCGUGGGCAAUAUUGAACCACUACUUGACGAUAGCAUCUUUAUGGCUGCGAGGUGGAUCAAUGCGGGAAGUGAAGCUGAGCUGCAUAUUGUUGAGGGUGCCUGCCAUGCCUUCACACUGUUUCCAAUGGGUGGGGUCACAGAGCUGGGUAUUCAAGCGGUUGUUGAGUUUUUACGAGUGCAAUUGCAAAGGCUUUCUAUGUAG